AUGCAUCAAUUACCAUUAUUAUUAUUACCAUCAUCACCAUCAUCACCACCACUAUCAUCAUCAUCAUCAUCAUCACCAUCAUCACUAUUACCACCACCACCACCACCGCCACUAUCAUCACCACCACCAUCAUUAUCACCACCAUUAUCACCACCACUGAUAUCACCAUCAUUAUCGUUAUUACAAGAACCAUUAGAGCAAUCACAAUUACCACAAUUGCAAUCACAAUCAUCAUCACUACUGUUAUCAUCAUCAUUAUUAUCAUCAGCAGAAUCACGAUCACAAAUGCAUUCACAAUCACAAUCACAAUCACAAUCACGACCACGAUCACGAUCACGAUCAUCAGCUAAACGAUUGAAAGUAAAAAAGCAAUAUCAUACGAAAGAUGCGGAAAAUCGCUUGAUGCAAGAUGUGAUUGAAAAGAUACCGAUUCGAGCACGAUCUCAAAGUUGGCUUAUUCGAACUCGUCGUUUACUCGAUACCAAGGAGAAAGCGCCUUUUAUAUCAACAUGCUUUUAUAUACUAUCAGUGAUGCUUAUAGUAAUCACUUUCCCAUUUUGUUUACCAUUUUGUUUUAAAAUAAUCAGAGAAUAUGAACGAGCGGUGAUUUUAAGACUUGGCCGUCUUGUUAGUGGUACUAAAGGACCGGGAUUAUUUUUUGUCAUGCCUUGCAUUGAUAAAUGUCAUAUUGUAGAUUUACGAGUUUUAUCAUUUGAUAUACCGCCACAGGAAAUUCUUAGUAGGGAUUCGGUAACGGUAUCCGUCGAAGCAGUAAUUUAUAUUCGGAUCAAUAAUCCGGUAAUAUCAGUAACAAAUGUUAACGAUCCUCAAUUUAGUACUAAACUUUUGGCGCAAACAACACUUCGUAAUGUGCUUGGUACUCGAACACUUAGUGAAAUGCUCAGUGAACGUGAUAGUAUUGCCAAUGUGAUUGGAAAAGUUUUAGCUGAAGGUACAGAACCAUGGGGUGUUCAUGUACAACGAGUUGAAAUUAAAGAUAUACGUUUACCAUAUCAAUUAAUGCGAUCAAUGGCUGCUGAAGCACGUGCAACUCGUGAUGCUCGUUCACUUAUCAUACUUGCUGAUGGUGAACGUCAAGCAUCUUGGUCAUUAGCUGAAGCAGCAUCAACAAUUGAUUCGAGCAGUGUAUCAUUGCAACUUCGUUAUUUGCAAACAUUAACAAAUGUUGCAUCAGAACAUAAUUCAACAAUUGUUAUUCCAAUACCUAUGGAAAUUGUAGAAUAUUUCGCAAAGAAAUGGAAUAAAUUAACUGCUGAUGAUUCAUAA